AUGGUCACCUACAUAUUUAAGUAUAUUUAGAUGUUGAAUAUACUGCUGAUAAAAGAGAUCAAAAGUCAACGACUAAGUACUACACAUGUUGAUUGUAACCUAGUCAUUUGGCACUCUUAGAAGCAAAAGGUAGUAUCUUGUUUCAAUAUAGAAGCUGAAUAUCGUACUAUGAUUGAGAUGGCACAUGAAAUAGUAUGACUUUGCUCUUUUCUAGAGAGUUUGGAUGUUACUCCUCAGAUAUCAAUGCGUAUGCAGUGUAACAAUCAAGCAUUAAUCUUUAUCAUUAGAAAUCUCACAUUAUACAAACAGAUCAAGCACAUCGAGAUUGAUUGUCACUACGUCUAA